CUGUUUAUGGCGCUCGGCAAUGACGCGUUUUAGUAGUCUAGAAAUGUGCCAUGCGGCUGACAUGUGCAAAUUGAUUGAAAUUUCAAACCCGGUGCAUAGAGACAAGCUCAGUUGAGAAGAUGCUCCCCCUGAAGGAGAAGGACAAGCCUGUAGUCCAGAAGCUGCUCUCUUCCGGCUGCUGUGCUCGCUGUGUGCUAAGGUUCUGCUGCGUGCUGGUGCAGUCGCUCUACAGACAGCCCGUCCAGGACACCUUGAAGCAACUCCAGGACUUUGUCAGCGAUUUGGACAGCAAAACACCAAAUGAGUCCACAGCAGUACCAGAACCACAUCCAGCAUCAGGGGACAAAUCCCAUGAUGCAACAGAAGCCAAGCAGGGCGAGGACGAGAGCGAGGAGGGGACCAGGACAGCAACGGAACAAUCCGACGACCCGCCGAAGAAACGCAUGAAGUUGGACGAUGGCUUGAAAGGCUCAGAGGCUUCUGCUGGUUCCGGAGAUGCUGAGGCCCCGCCGGCACCAGCACUGAGCCACUGUGUGGUCUGCCUGGGGGUCCUACAGGAGUACUGCAGCAGAGAUCACGCCAGGAAGGUGGCCGAGGCAGUGAAGACGGAGGACUACCACUUUGAAACCAUCUUGUUGUCGGUGUCCCUUCCCGCCCAGCUCUGUGUCCGAGAGCAUUCCUGUUGGCUCCACGUGAAGAAGGAGAUGAGGGAGAAGGUCAUGACCCGGGUGAAAGACGACAUCGUCCCGCUGAAGGAGGCCUUCAAAUGGUCCGUGCAGGGCCUCAUCGCCACGGAGCUGGGGGGUGUGUCCGUGGUCACCAGGAGUGCUUUCGAGGUCGGCAUGGAGUUCAAACACAGCCCAACUGACAGCGACUGCCAUUUCCUUGCAACAACGUGCCCUGAUUGCUUCAGACCCACCAAAAACAAAGACUCUGUGUUCACCAGGGCGGCGGUGAUCAAAGCUCUGGAGAAGAUCCCCGACAGCAAGUUCCUCAUACACUACCCAACUCCCCCCGGCCGGCCAACCAGCAUCUGUACCUCGCAGGCCAUCCAGUGUCUGCACACGUCUAUCUACGUGGCCGGGCGGUACAACAAGUACUCCCGCAGCCUGUCCCAGACCCCCUGGAUUAUCGACGGACGCCGCAUGAUGGAGUCGUCUGUGGAGGAGUUGAUCGCUGAGCCCCUGGCCAGCUCCUUUCGGUCCAAAGGAUUCAAUUUUUCCUCUUCCGGGAGAGAGGACGUGGAUGUUCGGACACUUGGAAAAGGACGUCCAUUUGCCAUGGAGAUGCUGAAUCCUCACCGCUACAGAUUUACCAAGAUGGAGAUGAAGAAGAUACAGGAGACCAUCAACACGUCUUCUGACAAGAUUGCCGUCAGGGAUCUGCAGAUCGUCACCAGGGAGUGCAUGGGCCACAUGAAGGAGGGCGAGGAGGAGAAGACCAAGUCCUACACCGCGCUGGUCUGGACUCAGAAGCCCAUCGAGAAGGACGACAUCAUCUUCCUGGAUGACAUCAAGGAGCUGACCCUGGACCAGAAGACCCCUCUGAGGGUCCUGCACAGGCGUGCCCUGGCGGUCCGGCAGCGCGUCAUCCACAGCAUGAACGCCAGCUUCCGCGACCCGCACCACUUCUACCUGCGCCUCAAGACCCAGGCCGGCACCUACAUCAAGGAGUUUGUGCACGGAGACUUCGGCCGCACCAAGCCUAACCUGUGUCAGCUGCUGAAGAUGGACACAGACAUUCUGGAGUUGGAUGUGGAGUCUGUGGAUGUGGACUGGCCCCCCACCAUACCAGAGUGACCAGCCCAUCCCAUGGCCCAGAUGAUGGCCUGGUCUCCCGCAAUGAUGAACCCUUCACCACCGCUUCCGGUUCAAUCUAUUUAACAUCACAUUCAGAUCCUAUAAUCAAACGAGAGAGCGCUCGAUAUAACCAAGGCCUCUGAUUGGCUCGGAGUAAGUGCCUGCUGAUGUCACAACGCACAAACCUGGGCCAAUCAAAACCACCCUAGAGGACACUGUCCUGGGUUUCAGUGUACGGUUCCUCUUGUGGAUGCCGAUAACUUAAACAUCGCUUCAAAGUACAUCUAGGUGUGUGUAAAAGAUGACAUAUGGACAUAGAUUAUGUGGCCUGAUUAUUUUGUAAGAUAGGAGAGAAAUUAAAUUUGGCGGUUGAGUUAAAUAACAUGACCAUCGGUCGUGAGCAACAUAUACAGGGUUUAAGGUUAGUUGGGAUUAUUCCGUUUGUUUGAAAUGAGUGGCUCAAGUAGAUGCCAGGACUUUGGUUGUUACAUUUGAGUUUUAGUAAUUUUACAUUUGUACAUUAAGUACAACAUGUUCGCUUCUUUAGGGAACAAACGUUUCACUGGGGCCACACUGCCAAGUCAGCUGCAACAGAGUUUAGCACUCGUUUUUCAUACUUUCUUUGUUGUCUUUCCUCUAGUUUAAGUCUGCUGUCGGUCAGUAUGCCAGUGUGGUCAGUAUGGUGCAUGCAUAUCAAUAAACAACUAGACUCUGA